ACUUGCAAUUACCGGGAGUGGCCGGUCGGCCGGUCAAACACUUUCAUUAAUCCAACUAAGAAAAGCAGUUUUUCAAUAUUUUUAAACGAAACCAUGGGUACAGGACACCAUGAUAAACCGAUGCAGAAAGAUAACGUGGGCUGGAUUGUGAAUUGGAUUACCAGGCAAUGCAGGGAAGAUCUUUUUAACGUUUUUCGUGCAAUUUAAGGAGUUGGGCAGCCCUUUUUGUAAAACUGCAGGAAUCAUAUAGCUCCACAGGAGUUCUAAUUGCCACAACCUGUUAAAUUUUACAAUCUCUAUUUGUAGAUCUUAGCAUUUCUUCUAAUUUUGGAUUUUAUAAGCAUCAUGUUGGCCUACAAAUCAUCUGUUUCGGAAGAAUUUCGUAGUACUUGAAUUUUAAAGAAAAGCUGCGUACAGAUUUUUCAUUCAUAUUUCAACAAUUAUUCUCAGAUUCUGUUAUCACUCUCCUUAUUUGGGGAGGACAUCAUGGUGGCUAUAAAUCUGGGUGUGUGCCAUUAUGUAUUGGAUCACAUAUAUGGGACAUUCAUGCACAGAUUGAGAUUGGCUCCCCCCUUUUUUUCAGCCGGAUGGGGAGGGCCCAAACUGGAGCUUUUGGAGAAGAUGACAAAACAGUUGCUUUCUCAGGGCUUGGCAGAAGUUGCUGCUCAGCGCUGGCCUCCAAGAAUUAUUCAGCCUAUGUGGAAGACUGUGUGGGAGUCUCGGACUGCUCGUUUGCAGGAAGGGAUUUUCAAGACACCAUGUGACGAGGAAUUGCUUAAUGCUCUGCCUAUUGAGAGUCACACUGCUCGAGUUGUUUUGCUUACUCCCAAACAUGUACCUACGCACAAGAUGGCAUGCGUUAUUCACCUUGCAGGGACUGGAGACCAUACAUUUGAACGACGUCUACGCAUGGGUGGGCCAUUACUAAAAAGCAACAUUGCAACUAUGGUGCUUGAAAGCCCAUUCUAUGGAGAGCGUCGUCCUCAACUACAAUAUGGUUCAAAGUUGUUGUGUGUGAGUGAUUUGCUUCUCUUGGGAAGAGCUACCAUUGAAGAAGCCCGGACACUUCUAUAUUGGCUAGAAAAUGAUGCUGGAUUUAGCAAGACAGGUGUCUGUGGUCUGAGCAUGGGUGGAGUGCAUGCUGCAAUGGUUGGUUCAUUACAUCCAACUCCAGUGGCUACUUUGCCUUUUCUAUCUCCACACUCUGCUGCUGUAGCCUUUUGUGAGGGUAUUUUGCAGUAUGGCACUGCCUGGGAUGCACUAAGAAGGGACAUGGUACAGAAUACUGGGAUGACCGUCGAGCAAGUGAGGGAGCGCAUGCGUUCAGUGCUAUCACUAACUGAUGUUACACAGUUUCCUGUUCCCAAAAAUCCUUCGGCAGUCAUUUUUGUUGCUGCCACUGAUGAUGGUUACAUUCCCAAGCAUUCUGUUUUGGAACUUCAGCGCGCCUGGCCUUUCUCAGAGGUGAGGUGGGUUACAGGGGGCCAUGUUUCAUCAUUUUUACUUCACAAUGAUGAAUUUCGAAGGGCAAUUAAGGAUGCACUUAACCGCUUGUAAAUGUUGGCAUAGAGGAAAUUGCCUCAUUUGACCUUAAGAUUGUUUGUAUUUUAACAAAAUGAAUUAAACUUAAGGUAGUUUCAGGAGUACAACUACAUUGAUUUAUGCACUCUAAGAAGAAACCGGAAUAUCACAGAAGUCAAUAAGGAAAUCAAUUAAAUGUCAUAGAUUAAACACUGUGAUGUACAGUGUACAUAAGGGAUGGAAGAAGUGAUGAAUAACUGGAGGCUUCUUAUAAUUGUCCAUAUCAGCCUCAGUUGUGGGAGGCACUUAAGGGUGCAGUUGGUUACUUGAAAGAUAUUGUAAUUUUAAUUUAUUUUCCAUUCAUGGAUCUUUUGUCUUAGUUUCUGCUACUGUCAAAAUGGAUGUGCACAUACAGACAGGAGUUGCCGUUGUAUCAAAAUUAUGAUUCAUUUCAAUAAAGAAUCAAAUUUGUUAUC